AUGUCCGCAUUCUCACCAAGCACUCUGGCGCUCCUCGCGCUCCCGCUGCUCCUCGUGGCGCACGUGCUCCACGUCCGGCACCAGCGCCACAAGCUGCGGCGCUCCAUCGAGGCCCUCUUCCUCCAUCGCUACGCCCUGUCGGCCGAGGAUGAAGCACGCGGGCUGCCUCGCAUGACGCAGGCUGGCCUGCGUGGCAUCCGCGAUGCCCAGUACAUCUGGCACACUCUGGCGUCGUACGAAAUGCCCUGGGUCUCCCUCAAGUCGCUCGAAAUUGCAGUCUUUCGCACGUAUGGCAUCCCUACGAUUUCGCGCAUCCUGAUGCGCACCGGGCAGCUGGGCGCAAAAGAGAAGAGCAGUCGUCGCUUCGGUCUCCUCGUCGCCUCCUUCUUCACGUAUCCCAUCCCGCGCCUCGACUUGCAAGACAACGACGUGGCGCGUCCGGGAGAGGAGGACUAUCUCAUCCCCGACGAUCCACGCUCCGCAAUCGCGCUUGCUCGCGUCAACUUUUUGCACCGCAGAGCCAAUGGCAUUCAUGGACCGAAAGGAGCGGGCAUCUCGAAUGACGAUCUGGUGUACACUCUCUCUACGUUUGUCUUCCAGCCCGUCCGCUUCUACAAGGUGAUGGGCUACCGCGAAGCCACGCCUCUAGAGGAAGAAGCUCUCUACGCCGUCUUCUACCACGUCGGCCGCUGCAUGGGCAUGCAUUCCAUCCCUGCGACGCGCGAGGCGUUUGCCGCAUGGGCCGAGGCGUACGAAGUCAAGCACCUCAUCUGUGCCGAGUCCAACGUCAAGCUGGCCGAGCGCACCGUCGAUGUGCUCCUCGCGCACGCGCCCAAGGCAUUGCGGCCCGCGCUCAGUCACGUCAUUGCGUGCGUGAUGGACGAGCGUCUGCGUCUGGCCGUCGGCUUCGCCGCGCCGCCGACGUGGCUCAAGACGCUCAUGCAGGGCGUCUUCAUGACGUUUGGCGCCGUCCAGAGACAUCUUUGCCUGCCGAGAAGGCAUGCAUGCGGCAUUGCGCCGUACGCCAACGAGAACAUCUCGGGCCUGCAAGGCAUCGGAAUGUGCCCUGCGACGGGCGCGAUGGAGGGAGAAGGCAAGACUUGUCCUGUGGGAGCGAGUGAGAAGGGAGAAGCAAAGGCUAGGAUGCAUCCGCAUUGGGCUGCUGACGCCGUCUCGCGCCAGUACAUGCCUCCCGUCCCGCGCUACUCGCUCUACUGGUUCUACGAGCGCUUCUUCGUCGCCGAAGAGCAGAGGUGGGGCGCAAAGAAGUGGGCGGGCAAGGGCUAUCGCCUUGAGGAAUGCGGUCCGAGGGGGUGA